UACAGUUUUUAUGAAUAAAACAAAAGUUUAUAAUAGAGAAAGACUGAUAGAAGCCGUGGCUAAACGACCACCCGGUGUACCCUUAGUAACCGUAUCAAAUCAUCAUUCAUGUUUUGAUGAUCCCGGUCUUUGGGGUGUUUUACCAGUGCGUUACGUUUGUAAUUCCUUUAAAAUUAGAUGGUCUAUGGCAGCCCAUGAUAUUUGUUUUACAAAUAAAUAUCAUUCAACAUUUUUUAUGUUUGGUAAAUGCAUUCCCGUAAUACGUGGCCAAGGUGUCUAUCAAGAUGCUGUCGAUAUUUGUGUACAAAAAGUAAAAUUGGGACACUGGGUACAUGUGUUUCCUGAGGGUAAAGUGAAUAUGACUAAAGAAGAAAUGCGCCUGAAAUGGGGUGUUGGUCGUAUUAUCUAUGAAUCUUCCAAAGUGCCUAUAAUUAUACCCAUGUGGCAUGAGGGCAUGGAUGAUGUGCUGCCAAAUGUGGAACCCUAUAUCCUUAAAUGGGGCAAAAGAGUAACGGUUAAUAUUGGCAAACCGAUUGAUAUGAAUGAUUUUAUAAACGAUUUAAAAAGUAGAAAUGUUCCUGAACCGGAGGCUAGAAAAUUAAUAACCGAUAAAAUACAAGAAGUAUUUCAUAAUUUACGCUUAGAAACCGAAGAGCUUCAUAAAAAACACAAAUAGAAUUCGAUGUAAAUUGUUGUUUGUAUCUUUUUUUU